AAUAGGUGUUGCCAGAAUAUAUAUUUUAUUUUUUAGUAUUAAUUUAAUCUGACGCGGCCUUCUUUUUUUUCAAGCUUUUGGCUUUGGUUCUGACAUAAAUACCAAUCUUUGAGUUUGGCCUUUCAAUCAGAAAUUGGCAGCCACAGGCAGGUCCCCUCCCCCCACCCACUUCACGGGUUUACAAAACCCAUAACAAAAAAGAGAGUUAAAGCCAAAGCUUUUUCCGGGAAUUAAGGAUUGUGAUCAGAGAUGGAGAACUUGAUGGGAUUGUUGAGAAUUCAUGUGCAAAGAGGGGUGAAUCUUGCUGUGAGAGAUGUUGUAAGCAGUGAUCCUUAUAUUAUUGUCAGGAUGGGAAGACAGAAAUUAAAGACUCGUGUCAUAAAGAAGAAUCUCAAUCCAGAGUGGAAUGAGGAUUUAACUCUUACAGUUGCGGACCCUAAUCUUCCAGUUAAGCUUGAGGUAUAUGACAGAGAUAGAUUCAGUUUUGAUGAUAAAAUGGGGGAUGCAGAAUUUGAUAUUCGUCCAUUUAUAGAAGCUGUAAAGAUGCCGUUGGAAGGUCUUCCCAGUGGAACUAUAAUCAGGAAAAUUCAGCCAAGCAGGCAAAACUGUCUAUCAGAUGAGAGUUGCAUAAUUUGGAGCAAUGGCAGAGUUGUUCAAGACAUGUUCUUGAGGCUCAGAAAUGUGGAGUGUGGUGAAAUUGAGCUUCAAUUGCAAUGGAUUGAUAUCCCUGGUUCCAGAGGACUUUAAUUAGUUAAUUACUUGAUUAAUUUCAGCUUUUGUUGUUUUUGGUUUUUUUUUUUCCUAGUGCUAAUAAUUAAACAUAUAGUGUGCAUGUUAGAUUUUGAGGGGGUCAUUACCUGCCACCUUAGUAGAAUUUCUUCUUUGUUCAUAUAUGCCAGAAACAGGAUGUAUUAAUUAAUAAUUAUGUAGUUGAA